AAUAAAGCAUACCAAAAUCAGCCGACCAUUUCUUCUCUUCCAUGCUUUCCCGAAAUCAUUAGUUAUAGUUGCAACACAGUCAAUUUCCCAAUAUGAAUAUUUGAAUGGAAAAUGAAGUCCCAAUUUAAGAAUAUACAUGAAUGCAGACUCUCUCUCCUUCAGAAAAUAUUCCCGAGUAUCUCUUUCGCUCAAUCCAUAUCAUCAUAUUUGUCAUUAUUCCCAACGACAUUCACGAGCGAAGAUUUUACCAAUUAUGGAAACAUUAUUUAAGCUUAGGAAUAAAAUACUCUGUAGAUUCCUCUCUCCAGAUUGAAUUAAAUAUUGCAUUAUUUUCAGCUCUUCACUAGUUGAGUGAGUGAGUGAGUUUGCAACCUGAGAUUUGCUGCUCCUCUCGUGCGCUUGGUGUGAAUUGUUUCCAUCUCGAACGCCAUGGAUUGCGUGUACAAGGAUCCCAACGCUCCCGUGGAAGCGCGUGUGAAGGACCUCCUCUCACGGAUGACUCUCCUCGAGAAGAUCGGCCAAAUGACUCAGAUCGAGCGCAGCGUGGCGUCCGCUUCAGCCAUCAGAGACCGCUUCAUCGGAAGUGUGCUGAGUGGAGGAGGAAGCAAGCCAUUUGAGAAUGCGAAAUCGGCGGAUUGGGUGGAUAUGAUUGACGGCUUCCAGAAGGGGGCUCUGGUGACGCGCCUCGGCAUCCCCAUUUUCUACGGCGUCGACGCCGUCCACGGGAACAACAAUGUCUACGGCGCUACCAUUUUUCCUCACAACAUUGGCCUUGGCGCCACUAGAGAUGCCGAUUUAACUAGGAAAAUUGGGGAGGUAACGGCUAUUGAAGUAAGGGCAAGCGGAGCCCAUUAUGCAUUUGCUCCAUGUGUUGCUGUUACCAGAGACCCCAGAUGGGGAAGAAGUUAUGAAAGUUAUAGUGAAGACACUGAAGUAGUCAGAAAGAUGACCUCUCUUGUUACAGGCUUGCAAGGUCAGCCACCUGAAGGGCAUCCAAAGGGAUAUCCAUUUCUGGCUGGAAGAAAAAAUGUUCUUGCGUCUGCCAAGCAUUUUGUUGGUGAUGGUGGAACUGAGAAAGGCAUAAAUGAGGGAAAUACCAUAACAUCCUAUGAGGAUUUGGAGAGAAUUCACUUGGCACCAUAUCUGGAUUGUCUUUCCCAAGGAGUUUGCUCUGUAAUGGCAUCAUACUCUAGUUGGAAUGGAAGGAAAUUGCAUACUGACCAUUAUCUUCUUACCGAAGUUCUUAAAAAGAAGCUAGGAUUCAUGGGCUUUAUAAUAUCAGACUGGGAGGCAUUGGACCGGCUUUAUGUCCCUCAUGGUUCAAAUUAUCGUCAGAGUAUCCUAUCAACCAUAAAUGCGGGAAUUGAUAUGGUAAUGGUUCCUUUUAGAUAUGAACUGUUCUUGGAUGAAUUUCUGUCUCUUGUUGAGUCAGGGGAGAUACUAAUGUCCCGGAUUGAUGAUGCUGUUGAGAGGAUCCUGAGAGUGAAAUUCAUUGCUGGACUGUUUGAGUAUCCUCUGGCUGACUUAUCUUUACUAGAAGUAGUUGGUUGUAAGGCACAUAGAGAAUUGGCACGUGAAGCUGUUCGCAAGUCCUUGGUUUUGUUAAAGAAUGGUAAGGAUGGUAAGAAACCUUUGCUCCCUCUUGACAAGAAGGCUAAGCGAAUUCUUGUUGCGGGAACGCAUGCUGAUAACCUUGGAUAUCAGUGUGGAGGGUGGACAAUUACCUGGGAGGGAACAACUGGCAGAAUAACUGAAGGAACUACUAUUUUGGACGCUAUAAAAGAAGCAGUGGAAGACGAGGCAGAAGUGACAUACGAAUUAAAUCCAUCUCCAGAAACAUUUUCUGGCCAAGAUUUCUCUUUUGCUAUAGUGGCUGUGGGUGAGGGUCCUUAUGUUGAAUCUGGUGGUGAUGAUUUGGAGCUCAAAAUUCCUUUUAAUGGAGCUGAGUUGGUGAGCUUAGUUGGAGAUAGAGUUCCAACAUUGAUGAUUCUGGUCACAGGAAGGCCUUUGGUUUUAGAGCCACAGCUUUUGGAAAAGAUCGAUGCCUUGGUUGUUGCUUGGCUGCCCGGUUCCGAGGGCAGGGGAAUCACGGAUGUUGUAUUUGGAGAUUAUGCAUUUGAAGGACGAUUGCCCGUGACAUGGUUCACGAGUGUCGAUAAGCUUCCGAUCCAUGCAGGGGAGAACUCGUCCGACCCUCUGUUCCCGUUUGGGUUCGGGAUAUCAUGCUAAAGCUGUGAGCUAAUCUUGAAUUUGGCAGUGGUAAUAAAACAUUAAUUACAUCAAGAUUACAAAAAAGAAGCAGCUAUUCAAAAUUUUUACAGUGAGAGACAGAUUUAUAUAUUGAUAUGUGUUUUCUAUAUAGUAUGAAGAGGCCAAGAUCAGCAGCAGGGCGUAUUAUGAAGAUAUCUUGCCUUAACUUGUUUGGUUGAUUCUUCUUCUUACUGUCUGUUAAUAAGCAGACAAUGCAAUUGUGAAAAAAAAUGUGUAUUACAAAUUAUUGUUAAAAGCGUUACGGUGAGAUAUUUAUACGUUUCCUCA